AUGACAUCGACCAAUUUCGCGCAAGCGCAGCAGCGCCUUGCAGCUCGACGACAAGCCCGCGAAGCCGAGAACGCUGCCCGAAUCGCAGCGCAACGCGAAUCCUCACGAGCACGCGCCCAGGUCGACCGCCUGCCCUUUCCCUUUAGCCGACUCGGAUCAGCAUGGGACGCUGUUUCGUCGCAAGAGGGGACGCGUCCGGCCUUUAGAGUCGGACAGGUCGAUGCCGAACUUCUGGAUGAUGAAUUGUUGGAGCUUUUGAAGGGCCAGGUCGGCGAUGCGCUCAAAUACUUCGCCGGCGGCCACUUGCAAGACGACUGGUCGGCCGAAAUACUCUUGGCGUUGCGUGCGGUCCUCUUCAAGCUCACCGUCUGGGAUCACGAUGCGACAUACGGAGCGGCCUUACAGAACCUAAAAUAUACGGAUGCCAGAGGGGAUGGCUCGGUGCUGAUCCCGCCCUCCAAGUGGCAGAAGUCGCUGUAUGGACUGGCCAUCGUCUUUGGAAGAUACGGCUGGGAUAGAUGGGAGAAUUGGUUGCUGGAGCACGAUGAUGGAUACAGCGACCCUAGUCCGCGCCUCCAAAGACUCUCACGCAUCACAUCGAGGAUAACGACUCUUCACUCGGGAGCGGCCUUCGUCUCAUUCCUCGUCUUCCUCCUCCAGGGGAGAUAUCGCACGCUCUUAGAUAGAGUGUUGCGGAUGCGCCUAGCUCCACCAACGAGUCAGGUCAGCCGAGAGGUGUCCUUUGAGUAUCUCAACCGGCAGCUCGUUUGGCACGCCUUCACUGAGUUCCUCCUCUUCGUCCUCCCGCUCAUCGGCAUCAACCGGUGGAGGAGAUGGAUAUCCCGGACUUGGCGCAAGACGAAGUCGAUGAUGACUACCAGCGGAGACGAGGAGAAAUCUGCGAAUGGAGAACUCGGCUUUCUACCAGAGCGCACAUGUGCUAUCUGUUAUCAGGACCAGAAUACUUUGGCGAUCACGGAAACCGAAAUUAUGGCUGCGGCAACCUCGGGUGGCGUCAUAGGCUCGGCUCAGACAGACAUCACCAACCCGUACGAGACCAUUCCUUGUGGUUGCGUUUACUGCUUCGUCUGCCUUGCGACCCGUCUUGAGCGGGAAGAGGGCGAAGGUUGGACGUGCCUCAGGUGCGGCGAGCUCGUCAAAGAAUGCAAGCCAUGGAGUGGCGAUGUUUUGGAGCCACCCAAGAAGUCACCUACGGCAAAGAUGGUGGCCUUCUCAGAAGACCCGAAAGAUGUUCAAGUAGAGGUCAUCGAUGAAGAAGGAACAGACGACGAGGCUAGCAACGACCCGGACUUCGUUGAUGUACCAAAAGAUAAGCAAGACUCUGGCGAUUCCGAAGACACUGAAGAUUCAGAAGGCUUCGAAGAGACUAUGGAUAAUGACGAGGAUUGA